CUCUCCUCCGCCAAGACCAUGAAGCUCUGCGUGACUGUCCUCUCCCUCCUGGUCCUGGUCGCUGCCUUCUGCUCUCCAGCGCUCUCAGCACCAAUGGGCUCAGACCCUCCCACCUCCUGCUGCUUCACAUACACCGUGCGGAAGCUUCCUCGCAACUUCGUGACUGAUUACUAUGAGACCAGCAGCCUCUGCUCCCAGCCAGCCGUGGUAUUCCAGACCAAAAAGGGCAGGCAGGUCUGCGCCAACCCCAGUGAUGACUGGGUCCAGGAGUACAUGGAUGACCUGGAACUGAACUGAGC